AUGCGUGGGAAAGUGACCCUCUAUGUGUACCCCAUGGGGGUCCCAGCCCUGGCAGCAGCCCCCUCCCCAAGCAGGCUCCUUGUGGGAGCGCUGGGGGUGAACGCCGGGGGUGUGUGCCCUCCCCAGGCUGCCAUUGAAGACGAGGGGGUGAUGCUGGAGGCCAUAUUCUGCACUCACAAACACUGGGACCACAGCGGGGGCAACGCAGCGCUGCGCCAGCGACACAGCUCCUGCAAGGUGUACGGCAGUGCCCUCGAUGCCAUCCCAGAGCUCACCAAGUAAGUCCUGCGCCCCCACGUCUCCCCCUGCACCCCUGCAGAUUUGAGGGGUACCCCCGGCCCCACCGUGGCCCAUAUGGUGUACGUGCUGGACGGGAGGCCCUUUGGCAGCCCCCCCUGCCUCUUCUCUGGGGACCUCCUCUUCCUCGCUGGCUGCGGCAGGAUGUUUGAGGGCUCCCCCGAGACCAUGCUCGCCUCCCUGGACGUGGCUGUGGGCUUGGGAGAGGAC